GUCAAAUUUUAUCGAUUAUGAUUGGGGUUUCCCGUUUAACCUAAUAAUCUGAAUCUGGUGUAAGUGUGUUUUGACUGUUAUUGACGGAACCUAUAGGGGUGAGAUUUAACCCCAAUCAGGCAAUCACUAACAAUAACGAAGCACAGAAAGCACCAUUAACUCGGUGUUUCGUGUCUACUAGAAUUAAUUUCCAGGUCAAUCUGCUUCUUCGUUUUGUUUCGGUGGACGAUCCGAUUAUUCGAUCCAAUGAAUUGAAGAAAUCGAACCGAAAACUAAGAUGUCGCAGCAAAACAUGAAUUGCAAUAUAAAUAACAACUCUAGUAAUAAUAUUCCGGUGAGCGAAGUGUAUUGGUCUCUCGUCGAAAAAGCCGACAAGAAGUUUUCAAAGAUCAGAGACUUGCCGUAUUACGAGCGCAACAGGUAUGACACAUACUUUUACAAGGUAUUCAAGGUGUAUACGCAGCUGUGGAAGUUUCAACAAGAGAACCGAGAGAAGCUGGUUGAAGCGGGGCUUAAAAGAUGGGAAAUUGGGGAGAUUGCCUCUCGAAUAGCUCAGCUUUAUUUUGGACAAUAUAUGCGGACGAGUGAUAUGAGUUAUCUGUCUGAGUCAUAUAUCUUUUAUGAUGCAAUAUUGACUCGGGAAUAUUUUAGAGAUGGAUUGUAUCAGCAUUUGAAUCUGGCAAACAAACAGUUGAGAUUUCUUGCUAGGUUUUUGAUGGUGUGUUUAGUUCUGAACCGACGCGAGAUGGUACAUCAAUUGGUUAAUCAUCUAAAAAUGUUGCUUGAUGAAUGCAAGAGGACAUUUCCGGAAACAGACUUUAAGGAAUGGAAGUUGGUGGUUCAGGAAAUAGUUAGAUUUUUGAAAGCUGACACGGCUUUUAUGAAUAUUAGGCCUUUAAGAUAUAGUCUUGUUCUGGACCCUCAUCCAGAUGCUCUGCUGCAUGUUGCCACUUCUGCUGCUAAUAGAAGCUUAAGAUUACGAGAUGCUAUUUUGAGCAGCUACCACUAUAAUGAGGUCAAAUUUUCAGAGCUCACUCUUGAUGCCUUCAGGAUGCUUCAGUGCCUAGAAUGGGAACCCAGUGGUUCAUUUUUCCAGUCAAAUAAUAUUAAAAUUGGUCAGAAUGGGGCCCCAGGGCCUAGUCGCGUAAACUACUCUCAGGAUAUUGCUGAUCCUACCUUACCACCUAACCCACGAAAAGCCAUCUUACAUCGUCCAUCUGUGACACAUUUUAUAGCAGUUUUGGCCACAAUUUGUGAGGAGCUACCUCCAGAUGGUGUUCUCUUAAUAUAUUUAUCUGCAUCAGGUGUCGAACCUUCUAUGAACACUGGUGAUAACAGUAACAGGAACUUUGAGUCUCAUACCAUUUCCUCAGAUGCCUACUCCACUUCUCCAUCAAGCUCGACAAAUAAUAGCACAAACCCCACCUUACAGCGAAGGAGAGGAGAAUGUUUAUGUUACCAAACUGGCUGUUUGCAGUUUGGUACUCGAGGAAAUGGAGGAUUAAGCUGCAUUUAUCCUUCUGAUAUUAUUCCCUUCACGAGAAGACCACUUUUCAUAGUAAUUGACAGUGAUGGUAGUGAAUCAUUUAAGGCUAUAAGUGGAGCUGAGAAGGGAGAGCCAGCUGCAAUGCUCCUAUCGCCAAGUAGUUCAAUCCUCAUUGCUGGUACUGAUUUCUCUCGCAGCCCAAGUGGUAGCCUAUUUACCAUUUUUCUCACAGCCCCAUUGCAGGCCUUCUGUUUGUUGAUUGGUGUUUCAGGUUCUGAAAUUGAGAUGGAUAAAUAUAAGAAGGCGGAGACGCUUCUUUCUUCAUCAUUGAAUGACUGGGGAUCAACUUUGGCAACAUCAGAUGAUCUUGAUCACGUAUGGGCACAGAUUUUAAGUGAUCCAUUUUUAAGGAGACUUCUUUUGAGAUUCAUAUUUUGUUGGACAGUUUUGACACUGUAUGCACCAACCUUUGAGAAGAAGAAAUUUCAACCGGAGUGUAUGCCUUGUCUUCCAGAGUCUGUGCUCCCAAUGUCGAAGAUAUCUCAAACUGUAGUUCUACAGAUGGCCAACAUAUUUGGUGCAACCAAUAAAUUUAUUUUCUUAGAAGGAAUUGUGCUUCCGGAGAGUAGAGAAACAGAACAUUGACAUGUAGAGUUUGUGAAUUUUCAUUUUGCAUUUUCGCUGUUCUAACAAUCCUGCUGGUUUAAGCACUUAGGGAUGAUCGAUCUCUUUUUCUUCUGUUAUCCUCUUCCCAAUUGUGUUUGGAAAUUUAUGAUCUCCUGUAACACAAUAGCUUGGGAUGCUUGUAAGCUGAAAAUUGUUGAUUCCUUUUGUGUAUUUUUUUUACAAGUAAAUUCAGAAAUUUAAAUUGUAGUUUGAAA